AGGAUUUGUACAGCUGAUAAAGAACGCGGAAUUAUUUGUACAGAUGUUUUGAAUGAUCUCUUUCGUUGUUGAUUCUCUAAAGAGAAUGUAUAGAACAAAGAUAUUUUUAGGCUACCAGAGAUGAGAAGACAAAAAUAACGGUUAUGAGUUUCUGCGGUUAUUCUUCAGUUUGAAUUGAUGCAGAUUAACGGAAAAUCAAUGUUUACGGAACUACUUCACCGCUAUUCACUAAUCCACCGGCCACUACCCUCACCAUUCACUGAUGAUUUACACGCAGCAACAGUUUUUUCAUAUGACAGCUUCCUUGAAAUGUUAUUUUCUAGAGACAAUAUGCAUAAGGAAUUUAAGCGCUCUUCAAUCAUCGUAAACCGAAAUUUAUUCUUUACAAAGGAAAUCUUUGAGGAACCCCUUUCUGCUUCACAAUUCGCGAUAACCAUUGUCAAUUACAGCUUAUGUGCAGUGGUAAUAUUAGGGAGCACUUCAAUUAAUUGUUGCUCAUAAAUAGGCUGAAGAACUGUGCAUUGCAUUUUAGAUGCAAAACAGAUAAAAGAGGAAAAGGAUCCUAUCAGCUUUAAACGGAGUCUAGACAGAUUUCUUCAAGGAAUACCAGAUUAGCCACCCAUACCUGGAUACAACUCACUCAACAAGAACUCACUACUUGAAUGGACCAUGAACAAAACUUGACUGAAAAGGGAUUUAGAUAAUCCUAUCAGGUGGUGGUAUUAAGUUAGACAUGGCUUUGGUCGAAACAUAUCUAAGUUUUACAUAUAUAUAUAUACAAGGCAAACCGAAAGAACGGAAAGUAAUUCAAAUGAUUCAUAUUAAUGUAAACUAU